AUGAGUCGGCCAAGUCCUAACCCUAAUCCAGACCAAACGGGAUACAGUUGCGCGGCAUGUGAUCGUCCGGAUUCUGCCGAAAAGGAGAUGGUGCUUUGCGACCGCUGUCAGCUGUGGUAUCAUUUCGGUUGUGCUGGCGUGUCUGACGACAUUCACGAUGUUUCAUGGCGCUGCACGGAAUGCAGAAAUGAUGAAGAGAAUGAUGCUGCACUGCAAGAGGAGAUAAAAAAGUUUGAAGAAGAUAAAAAGAUACAGAAGCAGAAGAUGGAAAGGGAGAAAAUUUUGCAUCGAAAGCGACUGGAGAUGCAGCAAGAAAUGUUCGAGAUGCGUCAGCAGUUGGAAAAGGAAAAGCGAGAAUUGGAAAAGGCGCAAAUGCAGAAGAAACUUUCCGAAGAAGAAGCUCACCAGAAGAAGCUUAAGGAAAUGCGGAUAGAAAUGGAGGAAAAGUUGAGACGUUUAAAAUUGAAGCGGAACAAGGAUGCUGACGAAGAUCCAAAAAAGAAGAAGGAAAAGAAGAAGUGUAAAAGUGUGGAGGAGGAGAAAGAAAUUUCGGAGUCUGAUGGAUCUGAAAAAGAAGACGAGUCUCUGGAUGAUAGUGUAGAAGAAGAGGAAAGCGAAGAUGGAGAUAGCUCCGAAACGGGUGAAGAGGAGGUGAAUGAAAAUAACCAACGGCGUAGGCGGCAUCGUCAUAAAAGUCCCACGAAAGCGCAGUUAUCAUCUCGCCAGUUUCUGUCUAGGAAGUUGCCAACUUUUUCUGGCCAACUGGAGGAAUGGCCGCUGUUUAUAAGCAGCUACGAGACGUCGACGAAGGCGUGUGGUUUUUCGAACAUCGAGAACCUAGCGCGUUUGCAAGAGUGCCUGAAAGGGGAGGCAUUAGAGGUGGUGAGAAGUAGGCUCCUUCUGCCUAAGGCAGUCCCGAAGAUUAUCGAGACCCUGCGGAUGCUGUUCGGUCGCCCAGAGGCGCUACUUAAUAUGUUGCUGAUGAAAAUCCGCAAUGCGCCUCCACCGAAGGCAGAUCGAUUGGCGAGUUUCAUCAGCUUCGGGGUAGUGGUUCAGCAGCUCACUAAUCAUCUUGAAGCUACAGGACUGACAACUCACUUGAUGAACCCGAUGCUGAUUCAGGAGCUGACCGAAAAGCUGCCAGCGGGAACUAAAAUGGAAUGGGUGAGAUAUCGCAGGAGAAACGCUGUCGUUACAUUGAGAACUUUGUCCGACUUCCUGUCUGACAUCGGGAAAGAUGCGAGCGAAGCGACGUCGUUCGGAGAAGCAGCCGUUAUUGUGGAUCAUCGCCAACAAAAGGGAAAAUCGAAACGGGGAUCUGAAGGUUUUUUACACGCCCAUUGUGAAACGGAGAAGAACCAGGGUCCAUCUGGAAGAGAAAGGACACCGUGUAGGAUCUGUGGCCGGUUCGAUCACAGGGUUAGGAACUGUGAUAAAUUCCGGAAACUCCGACUCGCUGAUCGUUGGGAGGUGGUACGAAGGUGGAACCUGUGUCAGUUAUGCCUGAACGAGCAUGGCAAUUUUCGAUGCAAGCUGAACUUGCGAUGCAACGUCGAUGGUUGUAACGAACGUCACAAUCCACUGCUACAUCAAGAGAGAUCGAUUUGCAACAUUCACGCCACUCUGCCGAAACCCUCCGUCAUCUUCCGUAUGAUUCCGGUUAAGCUGUACAGGGGUCAGCUUUCUGUGAACACAAUCGCCUUUCUAGAUGAAGGAUCGUCAUAUACGCUCGUAGAGAAGUCACUCAUCAGCAAAUUGGGAGUAGGAGCAGUAACCCAACCGCUUCGUGUAACGUGGACUGCUGGAGUUUCCAGAGUCAAGAAGGACUCGCGGAGAGUUGAACUAUUUAUAUCCGCAAGAGGAUCAACGCAACGUUUCCACAUCAAAAGUGCGCAUACCGUGGAGAGCCUAAAGCUGCCGCCACAUACUCUACCUAUGUCGGAGAUAGUUAAGCAGCACGAGCAUCUACGUGGUCUACCAAUCGCGGACUUCCAGCAGGCAACUCCGCAGAUUCUCAUCGGGCUGAAGGACAUCCACUUGUACGCACCGAUCGAAUCUAGAAUAGGACGUCCAGGGGAGCCGAUAGCUGUCAGAUCGAAACUCGGAUGGACCGUCUACGGACCAACGGGUACCGCUGAAAUGGACGCUGGAAUCGUCGGGAAAACUUAUACUCUGGAGGAAUCCGGAAUUUCUGCUGCGUUGUUGCCUGAGUCAGUGGAGGACAGAAGAGCGAAGGAGAUCUUGGAGAAGACGACUGUGAGGGUUGGUGAUCGCUUCGAGACGGGUCUUUUGUGGAAGGAGGACGAUCCCAGCUUUCCUGACAGUUAUCCUAUGGCGGUGAAGCGCAUGCAGAGCAUGGAAAGGCGCUUGCAGAAGGAUGCCAAGUUGUAUGAAAAAGUUCGUUGUAUGAUUGGCGAAUACCUUGCGAAAGGGUACGCCCACAUAGCGACGCGGUCGGAGUUGAAAGCGUUCGAUUACAGCAAGGUGUGGUACAUUCCUCUAAACAUAGUCUUCAAUCCAAGGAAACAAAAACAUCGUCUGGUGUGGGAUGCUAGAGCGGAAGUCAAAGGUAUCUCGUUGAAAUCCAAGCUGCUGAAGGGUCCGGACAUGCUGACCGCACUUCCUGCCGUACUCUGCAGAUUCCGUGAACGGGCGAUCGGAUUCGGGGCAAACAUAAAGGAGAUGUAUCACCAGAUGAGAAUUCGUGAAGUUGAUAAACGAGUGAUGAGAUUUGUGUUCCGAAACGACCCUUCGAUGGCGCCGGUGGUGUAUGUAAUGGACGUAGCAACAUUUGGGGCCACCUGUUCGCCAUCUUUAGCACAAUAUGUGAAGAACCUGAACGCGAAAGAAUACGCAGGGCAGUUUCCGGAAGCGGCGAAGGCGAUCGUCGAGAACCAUUACGUCGACGAAUAUUUCGACAGUGCUGACACGAUAGAGGAGGCUGUGAAGCGUGCGCGAGAUGUUCGAGGCCUUUCUCAAGGCCAUGGGGGAGAGUUAGAGUUAGGUUCUGAGCGAGUAUUAGGAAUUGUUUGGAGUCCGACUUGCGAUGAAUUCAUGUUUUCCACUCGGUUGAGAGAUGAUCUUCUUCCGUAUCUAUCCGGUGAUCUGCUUCCAUCAAAGAGAGUGGUUAUGAGUUGUGUGAUGAGCUUCUUCGAUCCGUUAGGACUACUUUCCAUCUUCACCUUUUACGGUAAAUUGCUGAUCCAGGACUUGUGGCGAAGCGGAUGCGAUUGGGAACAACAAAUCGAUAGAGAGUGUGCCGAUAGGUGGAAUCAGUGGAUUUGCAGGCUCCCCGACGUCGAAGAAGUUCGUGUUCCUCGUUUUUAUUUUCAUGGCGGUCACAUCGGUCGGACAGAAUAUAGCAGUAUACAACUCCACGUCUUCGUUGAUGCGAGUGAAAUUGCUUAUGGUGCUGCGGAAUACCUCCGAAUCGAAACGGUCAACGGUCCUCUGUGUUCGCUCGUGAUGUCAAGAUCCAAAGUGGCACCGCUAAAACAUCUGUCGAUUCCUCGCUUGGAAUUACAAGCAGCAGUGCUAGGAGCCAGGCUCGCCAAUUCCGUCGAAGAAAUUCUUUCCUUGGAGAUUAAUCAGCGACACAUUUGGAGUGAUUCGAAGACGGUUCUGUCGUGGAUCCAUUCGGACCAUCGUCGGUAUAAACAGUUUGUUGCGUUCAGGAUCGGCGAAAUCCUCAACCUGACGAAGCUAGGCGAAUGGCACUGGGUCCCGACUAAAUGCAAUGUAGCUGACGCUAUGACGAAGUGGGAGAAACGAAGGAAGCGAGAUGGUUUGAGCAUUGAGGUGAUACCAGCAACAAGCAGGGUGAAAAAGUUGGUGAAAAGAGAUCUGAUCACAAAGAUUACUCCGUUGAAGCGGGAAGAAUAUCAGGUAGCAGAGGCUUAUCUUUGGAGAGCAGCUCAAGCGGAAGAAUUCGCGGACGAAGUCAAGGUUUUGAAAAAGAACCGAAGUCUCCCCUACAAAGAUUGGCGACCCGUAGAGAAGUGCAGCCACAUCUACGAUCUAAGCCCGUUUCUGGAUAAGCAAGACGUGCUUCGAAUGGAAGGCAGAGCAGCGCGGGGUUCAUCACUACCCUUCGAACUUAGAUUCCCGAUUAUCCUUCCGAAGAAGCAUCCGGUGACAGAUAAACUACUGGAAUAUUAUCACCAACAGGUUGUCCACGGCAACACGGAAACCGCAGUCAAUGAAAUCCGGCAACGGUUCCGCAUUCAGAAUCUGCGUGCGGAAAUGAAACGUAUCUGCAGAACCUGUGUGUGGUCGGAAAACGAUAUGUCUGCUUGUUCACCUGCAUGUCUACAAGAGCCGUUCACCUCGAAGUCGCUCAUAGCAUGA